AAUUAUCAAAUAGUAAAUAUCUAUGAGUAGUUGGGUUAACUUUUUUCAAAUUUGAAAAUCUGAAAAGUAAUGACUUCACUUUACUUUUUAGUGCCCAGUGGAAGUAACAAGAAUAAUAGUUAUUUAUAACUCAAAAUGGAAGUAAAAAAAACUUCUAGUACUUGGAAAUCUUUUGAUUUUGGUCCAGAGAAAGUAUUUCCUAGAAAAUCACCAAUGGUCACUGAUUCUUCUAAUUAUGAAUCCAAAACACGGAUAAUCACAAGUAAAAUAAAUAAUAAACCUCGAAAGUCAUCUUUUGACUUCUAUUCACAACUUUCGCCAAAAAACAUAUCUGAUUUAGCAGUUCAUCCUAAAAAAAUUCAGGAAGUGAAAUCAUGGUUAGAAAAAGCAUUCUCUAAUGAAUCUGAAAAAACCAAUUCAUUUUUACUUCUAUCUGGACCUACAGGUUCAGGUAAGACUGCUACACUAAAUGUUCUAUGUGAACAAAUGGGAAUUAGUAUUACUGAAUGGAUAAAUCCAAUUGAUCAGGACUUUGAAUUACUAAGAGGACCAAACCAAGUAAAUAAAUUUUUGGAUUUCCUGACAACAGAAUCAAAUUAUUCAUCUCUUUUGAAUACUUCCAUGUUAAAAAGGAUUGUGUUGGUUGAAGAUUUUCCGAAUGUUUUCAUGAAACAUCAUGAAGAGUUUGCUAAUGUUUUAGAUGAAUGUUAUUAUAAAGUGAAGCAUCCCAUUGUUUUUAUUUGUACAGAGGUGAUAAACAGUAAAGUCAACUUGGUGUAUAAUUUAUUUCCUCAAGAAAUUUUAGUUAAAUAUAACAUAUCUAAUAUAAGUUUCAAUUCAUGUGCACCAACAUUAUUAAAGACAGCUUUGAAAAAAGCACAUGAUAUUGUAAAAUUAAAUCAAGAUCUUUUUCAACUACCAUCUUCGAACAUAGUUGAUGCAAUUAUAUCUUCAUCGAUGGGAGAUAUCAGAUGUGCCAUUAAUCAAUAUUACUUUGCUAGUUUAUUAGGGAGCCAAGAAUUGCCCACAGUGAAGAAUAUGCCAAUUAAGACUGGUACAAAAAGAAAAAGAUCCGAAAAAUCUUCCAGUAUCAAGAUAAUGGCAAAAGAUGAGACACUUGGUUUAUUUCAUGCAUUAGGCAGAAUUCUAAAUCCUAAAAGAACUGAUAAUGGUGAACUGAAUUGCAAUAUGGAGAGUCUCCUAAUGGAACUUCAAUCUCAGCCUGAAACAAUGGUGUCAUUUUUAUUCACGAAUUAUAUAAAAUAUUUUGGAGAUUUGAGGGAAUUUCAGCAAGCUUCUGAAAUACUUAGUUUCUCUCAAAAAUUCUUCGAUAAAUGGACAGAUAAAAAUGACCUACACCAGUAUUCUCUGUGGAUAUCUGUGUUAGGACUGAUGAGUCUAAACAACCAUAAAGUUUCAAAGUGGAAUCAAAUCGAAGGACCAAAAAAAAUACAGAAGAAAAUUAAACGCAGUCGGGAGUCAAUAUUUACAGUUGAUGAGUAUUAUGCUGAUAUCAUUAAAAAGUCUGGAGAGGGGAACAAAAUUGUAUAUUAAUUUACAGCUUUAUAUUUAUAGUUAUAUUUUAAAUAAUUUAUUCAUGAAUAGAUGUUUGAUAUUAAA